CGUUCUCGAAGUGUUUCGAGAAAGAUGGUCGCGACAUUUGUGUCAAAAUCUGGUCAUAUUGCAACAAUUCCUCUUAAUGAGCAAAGAACUGUUACUGCGAAUUGGUAUACCACCAUUUGUUUGCCAAAAAUCAUCACCGAGCUUCGAAAAAUCAACCCCGAAAGAAGAAUCAUCCUCUACCAAGACAAUGCAAGCUUGCACAUAGCCCAAAAAACAAGGCAGUAUUUAACGGAAGAAAACGUGGAAUUAUUGGACCAUUCUCCAUAUAGUCCCGAUCUAAGUCCUAACGAUUUCUUUACUUUCCCGAAAAUUAAAAACAGACUGCGUCGUCAAAGGUUCCAGUCGCCAGAAGAAGCAGUUGACGCAUUCAAAAAUACCGUUUUGGAUCUGCCAGCAAACGAGUGGAAUAAGUGCUUCGACAAUUGGUUCAAGCGCAUGCAGAUGUGUAUUAAUUUUCAGGGGCUGUAUCCGUUUCACGUCCAACGUGUACAAGCCCUUCGACCUGACGAUGUUCCAGCAAGAGUGCGGUUUUGUGAGUGGUUGUUGCAUCAACAUGACAAUAAUCCGGACUUUUUGAAGUGCAUAUUGGUGACAGACGAAUCUACGUUCACGCGUAAUGGGAUGAAUAACUUCCGCAACACUCAUGUUUGGUCAGUAGAAAAUCCGCACGCUGUCCGUCGGGCACAUUUUCAACAAACAUUUUCGGUGAAUGUUUGGGCUGGCAUGGUGAACGGUAUGCUCAUUGGACCAUUUAUUGUCCCAAAUCGAUUGGACGGGAUGCAAUACCUAGACUUUUUACCCAACAUUUUGCCUUCCUUGUUUGCCUGCUGGUGCAGACAACGGUCACUCUGGGAUCAGGAAUGGAACAGUAUUGUCUUUAGUGACGAGUUUCGAUUUUGUUUAGGCAUGCACGAUGGUCGUGCCGGGGUUAGAAGGCGACGUGGUGAAAGGAGGAAUCCACAGUUUUUUGUUGAAAGACAUGUUCAUCACACUGUUGGAGUUAUUGUUUGGGAUGCUAUAGCUUAUGGUUCCAGGUCACCUUUAAUCUUCAUCAGAGGUAACAUGAACGCGCAGCGUUAUAUCCACGGAGUUCUAGAACUCCAUCUUUUACCCUAUCUUGACACCCUGGCAGAUCCAACUUUCCAACAAGAUAAUGCCCGACCACAUGUUGCAAGAGUCACAAUAGACUUCUUUCAACAUAAUGAUGUCACAUUGUUACCAUGGCCACCAAGAUCUCCCGACUUAUCCCCAAUUGAGCACCUCAAUUUGCAACGUCCUCCUCAGACUCUAGGAGCACUUCGAGAGGAGUUGGUGGUUGCCUGGAAUGAGAUACCACAGGAGGACAUUGACCACCUGAUCAGAAGCAUGCCUAGGCGCGUUGGAGAAUGCGUAGCACAUCAGGGUGCAUCCACACAUUAUUAA